GGUGAUAGCUCCUAUGUAAAGGAUCGUUGGUGUGUGUUUGAUGGAUUCAUGGUCUUUUGUCUUUGGGUGUCACUGGUUUUACAGGUGUUUGAAAUUGCUGAAAUAGUUGACCAGAUGUCACCCUGGGGCAUGUUACGGAUUCCACGACCACUCAUUAUGAUUCGAGCAUUCCGCAUAUAUUUUCGUUUUGAGCUGCCAAGAACUAGGAUAACAAAUAUCUUGAAGCGUUCUGGAGAGCAAAUCUGGAGUGUUUCAAUUUUCCUACUGUUCUUUCUCCUCCUGUAUGGGAUCCUGGGAGUGCAGAUGUUUGGAACUUUUACAUACCAUUGCGUGACCGACGACACACAGCCAGG